AUGGCCAACAUGCUGAGACCCUGGAUGACGCUCGCGGCGCUCGCCGUCUGCCUGCUGGUGUGUUUGAGCGGCUUCGCGGACGCCUACCCCCCCCAACCGGAGAGCCCGGGAAGCAACGCCUCGUCAGAGGACUGGGCCAAGUACCACGCGGCCAUCAGGCAUUACGUUAACCUCAUCACCCGGCAGAGGUAUGGAAAGAGGUCGUCCCCCGAGCAGGCGGUGGCGUGGCUGCUGUAUGGAGCGGAUUCGAGCCAAGACGCUGAACCACGCUCGGACUACAGCAAUCAGUGGUAG